GGAAAAUUAUCAAAAUAAAUGAAAUGUCAAGGGUCACGUUGCGUGUUGCGUUUUGUUUAGCUGUUUUAAUAGGCCCCAAAGUGCAUGGUCGUAAUUUUUCACUCAUUCACUCUAAAAAGUACUAGCCUCAUAACUUCAGAAUGGAUGAUUUUGAAUUGCCAGAAGACCUGGAAGACAUUGAGAUAAUCUACUCUGAUGGAGAAGACGAAGAACCCAUUGAGAAUGCCAUAGAAGAUAUAAAUAUUGAAGAUGAUACCUUGGAGGCGGAAAUCCUCGAUCUUUCCACUCUUACUUUCCAGAAGCAUACUAAGUCAGUUUUCAGUUCUGACUUGAGCCAUGAUAAUCAACUAGCAAUUACAGGAGGAGAAGAUGAUAUAGCAUACCUGUGGAGGACUGAUACCUCUGAGGUUCUGCUAGAAUGUACAGGUCACAAAGACUCUGUAACUGAAGUGUGCUUCAGCUUUGAUGAUCAAUAUGUAGCUACUGGUGAUAUGGCAGGUAUGAUACAAGUAUGGAGCACAAAAGAGAGGAAACUAGUGUGGUGUUUUGAGGGAGAUGAUAUGGAAUGGCUUAUCUGGCAUUCCAUGACAAAUGUACUAUUCUGUGGGUGCCAUUCUGGUGAUAUAUACAUCUGGCAAAUACCACAAGGGCACUGUAAAGUGCUACCUUCUCCUAAUAAUAUAUCUGCCUCAUGUGGAAAAGUACUGCCAAAUGGUAAACAGAUCUUGAUUGGCUAUGAAGAUGGCCAGUUGAGGCUAUGGAAUAUCAAAGAAUGCACUGUAGAUUGGGCAAACCACCAUGCACAGGCUAUAACAAAUCUGGACAUCAACAGGGAAGGCACAUUGGCAGUAGUGUCUCCUGGGUCCAUUAUUGUGAAACUGAAUGAUGGAAAACCUACAGUAACACUCUUACCAGAUGGAGAAACAGAAAUUGAAACUGCUCUGUUCAAUAGUGAGCUUGGUAUAGUUGCUACAGGAGCCCUAACAGGUCAGCUGUGUGUUUGGGAGCUAGGCAGGCAUGCUUUGAGGCAUCAAGCUAGGAUAGAAUGUGCUGUUACUGUUAUGGAAUGGGGAUCAGAUGGAAAGAUUUUCAUUGGAGCCACUGAUGGAGCAGUUUAUGUUUGUAGUGUCAAAACUGGGGUGCUGCUGGAAACUCUGACUGGGCACAAAACAGAUAUUUUGAGUAUUUCAGUGUUCAAAGAUGAUAGGAUACUAACUACUUCUGAUGAUGGAACUGCUAAGAUAUUUAAUGUUAAGAAAUAAAACUAUCUCGAGAACCAUAAUGUGCAUGCAGGGAUUUUACAUGACUUAUCUUUUUGAAGAAUUUUUCAACAUUUAUUCAGCUCCAGAUGUUUGACUAUGUACU